UUGGGCGGGAGUUGACACUUUCAGCCAAUCGGGUCACACGCACGCUGCACUUCUCCUCCGACGGUCGGAAACAUGGCGCUCCGGGAGCUAUCAUCGCUGGAGAAAUUUUUAGGAUUGAAAAAGCCGAACAAGUACAGCACACAGGGGGAUAAAAAGGUACCUGUGCUACAGAGUAAUAAUGGCGCUCCACUGGUGGGGCUGGUGACCAUCGCCUGUCACCUGGUCAAAGAGGCCAAGCGCCCGGAGCUGCUGGGUGACUCUGCAGAGAGCAGGGCUGUGGUGCAGCAGUGGCUGGAGCACAGAGUCACUAAGCUGGACGGCUGCACAAAGGAGGACAUGAAGACCAUCCUCAAGGAUCUCAACCUCUACCUGCAAGACAAGGUCUACCUGGCUGGGAACCAGCUCACCAUAGCUGAUACUUUCAUGUACUAUGGAAUCCAUCCACUCAUAGUGGACUUGGCCAUCCAGGAGAAGGAGCAGUAUGUAAACGUGACACGAUGGUUCGACCAUAUUCAGCACUACCCCGGAAUCCGACACCACCUCCCUCCCGUAGCCGUGCUCAGGAACAGAAUUUACACCGGCAGACACCACUGAGACCUGACUCCACCCACUCAUCCAGCCUGAAUCGUCACAAUGUCAUCUGUGUUAUGGCGCAGACAUGGGCAACUGAUCCGGUGAAAUCUUCACCACCAUCAUCAUCACAAUUUAAGGAUGUUUCCUCAUAGUCACUUCUACCCAAGAUCUCUCCUUUUUAUUUCUGUUUUUUCUGGAUCAUGAUUCCUGCCUUUUAUGUUAAGUCCUGGUCACAUACCUGAACACUGUUUGUGUGCUCUUGUGGGAAAAUCUGUAAAGAGCAAAAACACUAAAACCUUAGUAGGAGUAUGAGGUACUGAACCUCCAUAAAGAGAUUCCUUCCUAAAAACAAAAUCAUGCUCUUUAAAAAACAAAGUCUGUUUUUAAUCAUUAUAUUGUUCAGUACCACUGGGUCAAGUGUUGGGAGAGGAAGCAUGAAAUUCUGGUCAUUCAACCCUGCUAACUUUAUUUAAAAGAAGUCUGAUGUCUUAACCCUUGUUCUGUUACUAGGGAGCUCAUUUGUGACAAUUACGUCUGUCCAUUAUGUUUUUGGUUGUGUGGGACUUUCAGAUGUUUGUAAGGUUGUUUUCAAAGGGAAUGCUGUUUGGGUUGCAUUGAAGGGGAAGUGCUGCUAGCUUGUUGAAAAGGUGUUUUUAUUUAUAAAUGGUGGUUAAAUGAUGAUUCUAUGUGUAAUCUGAGCCUUAAAUAUGUCAACGACAAGUAUUACAGGUUCAGAGAAGACUUAAUAAGAUGUUAUUUAACUGGCGGUACAUUAUGUCCUUAGGAAACGCAGCUUCCUUCAUGCCAUAUCAAUGCAUUUUCAGCAGCAGUUUGUCAAAAUAAAUGUGGUUGCCUGUUUAAAAUCCUAACCCCAUAAUGACCACAGUCAGUGGGGCCUCAGAUCGGCCUCUCUCAGCUCACAGCCAUAUCUGGACCCUGGUGUUUAUGUUUUUCACAUGCAACUCUCAGCCAUUUCACUGGACAGUUGAGUUCCUCUUUAUGUGUGUGUGUGUGUGUGUGUGUGUGUGUGUGUUCCUGAUUACAUCCGCGCUCUCUGUCCCACUUCCUCACCACCAGUCGUGUGGGCAGCAGCGAGCAGUUGAGCGUCAGCCCCAGAGUCAGAGAUCAGAGUGAGGCUCCAAUCAGUCCCACUACCACCACUGUUGAUGCUGCAGGCCACAGAGAGGGCAGCGGGCUCACCAGCUGCCACACAGAUCCAGCCAGCCAAGGCCAGAACCCAGGCCCGUGGGCGACAGUCAGCCACUGUGUGUCAUUUCAACCCUCACGCUUCCACGGGGGGCUACUGGAGAGAGGGACCAUGGAGAGAGAGAAAAAGAGCACCCAGAGGCCGAGGGAUCUUUUUGUGACAUGUGAACAAUGAUCCGCCCGUCUGAAAGCCUCACUGCUGCUGGCUGGAUGUUUGCUGUUAGCACUAUUAACAGGUUUAGUCGUGGCGGUGGUGGCAGAACCUGUAAACUCACAUUAUGUUAAAUGGUAAUUAUGAAUAAAACAAAGAACAGUCUGAACAUGUGGUACGGUUAGAGAAUUGUCUAUUCAGUCAGCUCCUAUUGAUCAAAUUCUAAUUUUCAAGGCUUUUGCUGGUGUAUAAAUCAAAGGGUUACUUGUACACACUAAAGUCUUUGAGCACAGUAACUGUCCACUCUACAAACACUCAGUUUUGUGUUUGCCUCAGUGCUUCUCUUCUUCCUUAUCGUCUUAUUUUGUAAAAACGCUCCCAUUUAGGCCUUAUGUUUAAUUUCCUCCACCCUAACAGGCUGUACGUACCUUUUCCCAUCUGCUACUUCAUGUCAUCUGAUGUAACCAUGCUGUUCACCCCGUGCCAAUAAAUCAAAGGGAUUCACAGCUCAUGACCCCUGACCAUC